AUGUACAAAGAAUGGAUGUCAGCUGAUAGGAUGUUAGUAGAAUAUAUAAAAGGGGUCGAUGAGUGUCUUAAAUUUAGUUUGGAUCAUGCCAAAGAUCCAAACUAUAUUUGUUGUCCUUGUAGUAAGUGUGCAAAUAUGAAAAAGAUGACUGCCACAAUAAUAAAAGAGCACUUAUAUUUCCACGGGAUAGACAAAAGUUAUAAAAUAUGGUAUUGGCAUGGUGAAGAGCUUCAUGUUACUCCGGACCCUCCUAUGAUGAAUGAAGAUCGGAAUUAUAGGCAAUUGGAUCGUGAGGAUAAUUUAGAUGAAAUGAUUGACGAUGCAUAUUAUGAAUCAGAAGUAGAUCCCAUUAAGUUUGAAAAUCUUCUUAAUGACGCUGAAAAGCCGAUUUACUCUGGUUGCACUAAAUUUUCAAAGUUGUCAGCCCUUCUUAGAUUGUACAAUAUAAAAGCCAAAAAUGGAUGGAGUGAUAAGAGUUUCACGGAAUUGUUAGUUUUUUUGAAAGAUUUACUGCCUGAAGAAAACGAGAUGCCCCCAUCAUUUUACGAGGCUAAGAAAACUAUGUGCUCAAUAGGCUUGCAAUAUGAAAAAAUACAUGCUUGUCCUAAUAAUUGCGUAUUAUAUCGGAAUAGCCUUGUAGAUGCGAAUUCGUGUCCUACUUGUGGUGUGUCCAGAUGGCAAAAGAAAAGGAAUUUAGAGGAAGUUAAGGAAGGAGUACCAGCAAAAGUUUUGUGGUAUAUUCCUCCAAUUCCUCGUUUGAUUCGAUUUUAUCGAAAUGUUGAUCAUGCUAAGAAUUUGACUUGGCAUGCAAAUGAGAUAAUAAAGGACGGUAGACUUAGACAUCCUGCUGACUCACCAGCGUGGAAGACAGUGGAUUUUGAAUGGCCUUCAUUUGCCAAUGAACCUAGAAAUAUUCGUCUAGCUCUUUCUACGGAUGGAAUUAAUCCUCAUACUUCUCUCAGUAGUAAGUAUAGUUGUUGGCCUGUUAUGCUAGUCAUAUAUAAUUUACCGCCAUGGCUUUGUAUGAAAAGGAAGUUUACCUUACUGACCUUGCUGAUAUCUGGACCUAAACAACCUGAUAACGAUAUUGACGUCUACUUAGCUCCCCUAAUUGAUGACUUGAAAACUUUAUGGAAUGAAGGAGUUAGGGCUUAUGAUGCAUACCGAAAAGAAGAAUUUACCCUUUGA